UUGAGACAAGGUGGUAGUUGGUUGCUACGUCCUUCGUGUGUCACUCAAAGUUGUGUCGUGGAGACUCAGCGAAGAAACCGAAAACUUUAGCCAAGUUUCUUUGACUGACGAAGAAGUUGGUGAUUUCUUUUGCCAUACAAACUAAAUGUCUCCCGGCGGCUGGAGAUGAGCGGUGCGAUGCGGUGUGGAAAAUAACAUUACAUUGUAGCUUUGUGCUGCGAUAUGGCUGUCAGACCCUGCUGUAUAUCUGACUGACAACACAGACUACAGCUGCUGCUCAGUGUAGUAUUGCUAGCAUGCCACGCAGGCAGCUAACUUCUCCAAAGAAAACAAAAGUUUGCCUACCACUCAGAUGUGCCCCAUACAGUAAGUUAUGAUACUUUGACAUUUUCUGUAUUUUCACGUGGAAUUCCUCCCUUUCUCUUUUUUUUUUUUUUUUUUAAAACCUGAGGAUGAUGAAGAUUAGGAGGUACCUGAGGGGGAGUGGGAGGGUACUCGCGUUUGUGUUCAUUGCCUCUGUCAUUUGGCUGCUAUUUGACAUGGCUGCACUUCGUUUGUCAAUAAACGACGUGAACAGUCAGCUGCUUAAGGAGAAAGUGAUAAGAGAAAGGGAGAUUUUCAAGCAGCAGUCCAGGGUGACACAGCUGAUGAAAAGGGGGUUUAAAAACCCUGUUCAGAGGGUAGACUUGGCUGUUACACGUGCUGGGAAAGGACCACCCAGUUCAGGAAUCAAACUAGCCGAUGUGUACAGACAGGGAGGCAAAAAACAGGACCAAAAGACAAACUCUUUUCAUCACCAAGGAGGUAAUCUUCUCAAGAAUGGCCCCACUAAAUUUGUUGUUUCUGAACAUAAAGGAGGAGCCGCCGAACAAAAGGUCACACCAAAGCAGGGUAUUUCUGCAAAGAAAAAAGCUGUAAACUUGGAUCAGAAUGGGACAGAAUUAGAGAAAAGUAGAGUAAUCAAUGUCACUAAUAAAGUGGUGUUACCUGUGGUAGGGUCCAUUUUAACCCGAGUGCCGCCUGGUGUUCAGGAAAACAAACGUGCUCCACUACUGAUCUCAAAGAAUGGACCCAUUAAAACUGGAGACGGUGUGCAAAACACACUGGACAAAAGUGAUUCAAAGCCAAACAAAAAGGUCAAGAAAGAAGUGAGCCAGCUUCAGCCUGAGGAGACACACCCUGUUACAACAACUAAACCGCCCAACAAGGAUGUAAAAAGAAAGGAGGUAAAUAUUAAAAAAGAGGACAAACACGUUGGGACGAUGGCCAAGAGUGAUCUGACUGCAGCGAAGAAAACCCCGAAACCCACAAUCAAGCUCAUAGCAGGGGAGCACGGCAAGGAUAACGCCACUGCUGUCAGAAAACCAGGUGUCCACAAAGUGCUUUCUCUGGAUAUGACUCACGCUCCCAGGGAUCCCAACGCGGUGGGCCAGUUUGGCCAGGCGGCACUCGUUGCCAGUAACGAGGAUGCAGAGGUGAGGAAGAGAUGGGACGAAGGGCAUUUCAAUGUCUACCUGAGUGACCAGAUCCCAGUGGACCGUGCCAUCCCCGACACCAGGCCUGAGAUGUGUGCACAGAAUGUGGUCCAUGAUGAUCUGCCUUCCACCAGCGUGAUUUUCUGCUUCGUGGACGAAGUGUGGUCCACGCUGCUCCGCUCUGUACACAGUGUGCUUAACAGAUCGCCGCCACACCUCCUCAAAGAGAUCAUUCUGGUGGAUGAUUUCAGCACCAAAGAAAAUCUGAAAGGGCAGCUGGAUGCUUACAUGUCCCAGUUUCCCAAAGUGCGAAUCAUUCGUCUGAAGGAGCGGCAGGGCCUGAUCAGGGCCAGGCUGGCUGGAGCUGCUGUAGCCAAAGGUGAGGUUCUUACCUUCCUCGAUUCCCACGUUGAAUGUAACGUGGGCUGGCUGGAGCCGCUGUUGGAGAGAGUCUAUCUGGAUCGCAAGAAGGUGCCAUGUCCAGUUAUCGAAGUUGUCAGUGAUAAGGACAUGAGUUAUAUGCUGGUUGACAACUUCCAAAGGGGUAUUUUCAAAUGGCCUUUGGUGUUUGGCUGGAGCGCAUUACCAGACGAGUACAUUAAGAAGAAUAACAUGACUGUCGCAGAUCCCAUCAGAUGUCCAGUUAUGGCUGGAGGCCUUUUCUCCAUAGACAAAAAAUACUUCUAUGAGCUCGGCGCCUAUGAUCCAGGCCUGGAUGUGUGGGGAGGGGAGAACAUGGAGAUCUCAUUUAAGAUCUGGAUGUGCGGCGGAGAGAUCGAGAUUAUUCCCUGCUCUCGAGUGGGACACAUCUUCCGAGGACAAAAUCCUUACAAAUUCCCGAAGGACAGGCAGAAGACAGUGGAGCGUAACCUGGCAAGGGUGGCAGAGGUCUGGCUGGACGAGUACAAGGACCUUUUCUACGGCCACGGCUACCACCACCUGCUGGGGAAAGACAUCGGCAACCUCACCGAGCAGAUUGAGCUGAGAAAGAGGCUCAAUUGCAAAAGCUUCAAGUGGUACCUGGACAACGUGUAUCCAGAUAUGGAUGCUCACUUAGUCAAAGCUGAGGGCCUGGUCUUUAAUCGUGGCUUAAGAAAAUGCCUCUCUCUGCAAAAAGGCUCUCUGUUGUUUGAGAUAUGUGAUCUCACCAAGCAGAGUCAGCACUUUAAUUACACCUGGAUGAGGCACGUUCGCCAGCAGGAUUUGUGUGUCGCUCCCCAGGGCAAGGGCAACGGCAUUUCUUUACAAUCAUGUGACGGCACUAAGCCUGAACUCCGCUGGUUCCACAAAUCCUCCAACUCCGCUCUGGCGGAUCACCUCAUAGCUGAGGUUGUUUCCCACCACAUGUGCCUGGAGGCGGGGCCUCAGGGUGACACUCUUCACCUCAACCCAUGUGAACCCAGAAACGCCUUCCAAAAGUGGCAGUUUACACACUACCACACUCAGUGAUGAGACUGAAACGAGUUUCAUGUGUCGAACAUGCACUACAGAGACCUUCAGUGGCCUCACACUUCGGUGCUUCCGGUGGUCCAGCCUCAACACACGACUGUCCAGAGGAGAUGGAAAGCACUUUGGUGGCAGUAGUAUGUGUAGUAAAGUGGAGGGUGUGGGGAUGUGCAAUGUUUCUAAUAUUCUUAUUAUAUCAGCAUGGACUGACCUUAAGUUUAAACACUAGUGCCUGAGGAAAGGGAGCAUCCGCUCUCUUUUUAUAAAGAUUUGAACUGGAGUUUGUUCAUUUGGAGAAAAAAAAGACUAAAGGGCUUCAAGUGAGUGUCUAUGGAAGAACGCGCCAUCUGUCCUUGAGCACAACUUAUCAUUUCACUGCCAAAGAUAAACAGUGCCUCAUAGAUAUGAGAUGUUAGAAGUGUUUUUGUUGUUGUUGUGUGCUUGCUCUGAUGGGAAUUAAUUAAAUUGCAUGUAAUGUAGAAUUUAUUAAUUUGUACAAAAAAAAUCUCCCAUGUUUUUGGUAAGACAUCUUUUUUAGAUGUGACAUACUUUAUGUUUUGUUAGGCACAUGGGGCGAAGCAGCUGCCUCUUUGAAAGCUGCGUUUUUUAGGUGUUGGUUUUGUUGUGAAAAUAUGUCCCUUUUGUAUGAAUUUCUUCAUCACUAGAGGGAAGUGUUGGUUCAAAACACCCAAUAAACCUGUGAGUGAUUUUAA